UUGGUUUAUGGAAGGAAGGCGCCGAUAAUUCAUUCAUUUUACCCCCGCAUCUCGGUUAUAUGUAAAGGACAGUGACAGAAUGCAGGCACCUAGCUCCUCAAGCCUCGCAGUGACUAUGUACCGUAUGACCGUUUCGUAACGUAGGUGACUCUUACCUUUUCUACGAACAGAACUUGAAGGAAACAAGAGCAAGGAGAAAACUUGAACUCACAUCAACAGCACGAAGGAGAUUUGGUGUUACGAAUCCGUUGAGAAGGAUAAACCUACAAAAUUAACAAUUUCAAAAUGACAUCUAGGAACUUUCAAAGGGUGUUGAGCCUCGCGUCCAUUUUUCUGUGCCUCUAUUUAAUUCCACGACCCUCAGAAGGCAAAUGUUCGGGCGAGUGGUCACUGCAAGCUUGCUUGGGAGGAAAUGGCAAACGGUCCGGUGUGGACGGAUUUUCCAAAGAUGACAUUGCCGGCAACUCAGAGUUCUUAAAACGCCUCCUCUUACCCGAGAACCCGCCUCAAGGCUAUCGGCAAGACGAAGCAGAAGAUAUCCCAAGGGAAUCCUGGUCCACCAGCCAGCUGGAUGAAGAUUACUUAAACCAAUCACCCAAACCAGAUGUCAUGUACCAGUUGCUGCAAAUACUCGGCCGGUUGAAAAAGGUGAAAGCUUACAGGGACAGAAUGAUGUCAGUCCCAUUGUGAUGACUCGACACACAGGGUGAUCAGCUUUAACCCUCCGAGAAGAGCAAUGACAAAACAGUUCAAGAUUUCCAUAUUUUCCUUGACGAUUCAAAUAACUGGGCGAUAGAUGAAAACAAUUUUAUGGACGUGCACUUAUGCUUAAAAAACUACAGUGGAUGGAUUUUCAAAAGAUUCUAUAUUAUUUGGGAAACCUUAAACUUAAACCCCUGGAAGAACUUUCUCGCCCUUUGUUCAAGGCUUUCUUAAAUUUACCUGUGAAACUCCUGAGCAUUCUGUUUAAAGAUUCUAUUAAUCUUCUUCGUCUUCUUCAAAUCGAUAAUUCCCAUUCACUGACAAGUGUCCAUGAUAGUCAGUAGCCUACCGUUGCAUGUCCGAAAAGUGACACUUUCAAUAACAAUCCGGAUAAGCCGAGGUUAGGUUUUCGCUUUGACCUGUUUUCUGACAAACCCGUUGUCGUGUAGGUGAGUAGGACAGUGAAUCCAUCUCAAAGCGCUCUUAAUGCUAUGGCAAUUUCAAAAAUCAGGUUUGCUCUGUAACAUAAAGGGUGCCUCACUGAGUGUAAUAUUGUAGCGGAAAUCAGAGUAAGUGACCAUACAGAUAGCUAUUGUGUUUCCCCAGGAACGGGUGGGCUGAAUGUAGGCAUGUACACACUUUGCCUCCACAAAGGUGCAGGCUGUUGAAGCCCCAUGUGAGUGACAGCUCCACAGGGAUGUUCCGCAGAGACUGAUCAGACUGGCAUUGUCAAUGGCUCCCUUUCGUAGCGUCAAAUGUUGAUGUUUCCGGACACAGAGAUCAUAAGGCAGGAAGCCGCGUUGACGUACUUUCUGAUCCCACCUCUCUUUCCAAAAAUUACUUGUAUUGGGACCAGUUUAGUUCCCAUAAGGAAUUUGCUACUUAAGACUUCAUAUACAUUCCUUGCCUACCGACCCUAAUGCGAUACUGGCAUAAAUCUCUCUUGAGUACGAACCGGCGGCAGCUUGCGUUGCUUGCAUGCAAAUGGUAAAUGUCAAAAAGGCACUCAAAUAUUAUGCCAGAACAAAAGAAAAAAUUCUGACCUGUUAGAAAUUUAAUAAAGGCAAGUGGACCUGGAACUGUCGCUUUGGAUAAGAGUCAUGGGGUUAAAUGAAUUGCCUAAAUUGGUAAUGGCAACUGUGCUCUGCCCUCUUUCUACAUAGACAAUACCCAAACAAAGACUUGUUAACUCAAAUGUGUAAUAGAACAUACCUUACGAACUAACUUCAGGAGAGAUUGUGUUGUAAACUAAGUAAGAGCUAGGUGUUGUAAUUUAAGCCGCAUGUGCUUUAAAGAUAACGCAUUGUUAAUUCUGCACAUAUUUGUCUUGUGUACAUAUUGCCGAAAAAAUAAAAAAAAUGGACUACCUUUUGUCGAUAUGAAGACAAAAAAACACUAUGGUUGAUAAAUCGGAAUUCAGCUUUUAGUUUUGUCAAAAUUAAUGUUUUGAAAAAGUGGAAUUUUGUUGAAAUAACAGAGUUGAUGUUUCCAAAAAGCUGUUAUGUUAGUAACGCUGGUAUCUCUUUCAAAGCGAGAACAUGUGUGAUGUUAAAAGAAAUCUAGAAUUGCAUUGAGCAUAUGUGAUAAUCUGCAUCUAGGUCUAUUUUAGGUACAGUAAGCAGCCAAAUCAACAAUAUUCAGUAGUUUGUCUUGUAACCUUUCCUUGCAUGAAAAGGAAAUGAAAACUCCCUUAGAAAUGCACAACUAAAAAACAAUUAAUUUGGAUAUAACUUAUGUUCUCUGAGAAAACGGAAAACACCAUUCCGCAUAAAUGAAUAAGGUUUCAUCAAUCAGUGGAGGAAUGUAGAGGUACAAUUGCAUUCAUUUCAUUGAGUGAGAUGUCGAAAAAAUUCCAGAACUGGAAUGCAGUGGUUAAAGAUAACUUCUUACGCAAAUGUUUGCAUACUACCAGGUUCAGUUUCCACAAAAGACAUUUCAUUAUUGGUAGAUGUUGUUUGUUUUGAUCCGCCAUUCAUUUUAUGCUGUGCGUGAUGUCUGCGUCUCAAUUUCUGGUAAACAAUGUUUGUUUGUUUUUUAUUGGUGAAUAUAAUGAACUUCUAUUCAAAAUAAAUGUGUACUGGCCUUGGCGUGCAUGACUGGUUGUCACAAUAAAGGUUGCAUUUGGAGCUACG